CGGUUGCUUCUAAUAGCUGAUAAGCAAAGCGCGACAGCGAAAAUAAACUCUCCACCACAAAAAUCUUGAGAAUAGCCUGUUCUUGUCAUUACAACUUCUACCCUCUUCACUCAACAAUGGCUUCCUUACAGAAUUCACCUUCACUUUAUCACACAUUAUCUCCCAACUUUGUUCCCAGGAUAGGACUACAAAGGUAUCAUAGUUCGUUUCGUUGCUAUAGAAGAGGCAUUUCGUUUAUUGUUCGUGCUGAGCAAUGAUGGGAUCAUUCUCAAGUUAGAUCCGGGAGACGCCAACUGAUAGCUGUCAGUAUAAUUGCCCCUUGGGUUUCUCUGGUUAACCAAACUUCUUCAUCAUUUGCUGCAGAAACUAAAAGGGGAUUUCUGUUAGUAACAGACAAGAAGGAUGGAUACUCAUUCCUCUAUCCAUUUGGGUGGCAGGAAGUGGUCAUUGAAGGUCAAGACAAGGUCUUUAAAGAUGUCAUUUAGCCACUAGAAAGUGUCAGUGUAAAUAUGAUCCCAACCAACAAACAAGAUAUUCGAGACUUUGGACCUCCACAACAGGUUGCUGAAACACUGAUAAAAAAGGUUUUAGCCCCUCCAUUGCAGAAAACGAAACUAAUCGACGCAUCAGAGCGUGAUGUUGAUGGAAAAGCUUAUUACACCUUUGAAUUCAUUGCUCAGGUGCCAAAUUAAACUCGCCAUGCUCUUAGUACAAUCUCCAUCGGCAAUGGUAAAUUCUAUACACUGACCACAGGGGCCAAUCAGAGGAGAUGGGACAAAAUGAAAGAUAAAUUGCACACGGUCAUUGAUUCCUUCAAUAUUUUCAGUGUUUAACGUGGUUGCUUAAUUUCCAUUUAUCUGAUUCAAUACAACAUUCCAAAUGGGAAGCACCAUUGUGCAUUUUCCAGAGUUUUAUGAGUCCUAUUCUUAUCACCAUGUAUGCUGCUUCAUUUCUUUUCCUUCUUCUGGAGAGAUCUGUCUUUUUUAGGAAAUAACUUUCCCCUUUGACAUUGUAGUGAUGUAAUUAUUAUUUUUUCAUAGUCAAAAUGCGAUAAGGUUUGAUUUUAUCCAAUUUUUUUU